AAAACAAGAAACACCCUGUCCCCUUUUAUCUCUGUUUUAAACAUUUCCUUUUCAUAUCCAAGAAAUUGUGAGAUUGUAUGCUAAACCACAAAGAUACCAGCUUAAUGAAGGAUAGAAAGGAGGCAGAGGAGAUGUCAGGAGUCACGGUGAAUCAUUUUGCUGAAGAGGAUCCACCCACAGGGAGGUCUAAGAAUGGAUAUGUUUUUCAAGAGAUGGAGCUGAAGGAUGAGGAGCAGGAGGAUUGUGGGCUGGACUUACCUGCCGAUGUUGACCAGAUUGGUGUUUCAGAACAUGAUGGACAAGGACUUGGGCUUUUAAACACAACAAGAAAAUAUGUAAAGCCCAUGAACUUCCAAGAGGAAGUGCGUGCCCAUCGAGACUUGGACCACUUCCUGGCUCAGGCCUGCAUCCUUCUGGAUGAAAAAGCUUCCACUCUGGAUGAAGUCCUGAGACGAAUGGUAGCUCACAUGAUGGAGGAGAGCCACGGCAGCUGCAGUGUGGAGGAGGUGAUGGCCUCCCUGUUCACAGACGCAGGAGGACGAGACAUUAGUGUCGACCUUCUGUCAGAGACCAUUCAGGGAGUGACAUCUACUUCAACCGGCAUUCGUUACCAGCAAUCCUGGCUUUGUAUUCUCUCUAAUAUGAGAAACCUGCAGAGACGUCACGUCUGCAUCACUCGUCUGGAGAGGCCUCGGAACUGGGGAGUCAACUGCUGCAAAGCUCGCUACGUCAUCCUCAUUCUUGCUCCACCUAGAACGAAAAGCACCAAAACAGCCGUUGAACUCGGUAGAACCUUUGCAACAAUGUUCUCAGACAUUUCCUUCAGACAGAAGCUUUUGGAGGCCCAGAGCCAGGAAGAGUUCAAGCAGGAGCUGGUCUGCCAGCGCCACCAACUCUCUGUAGUCCACGAGAAGCCGGUCGUGGAGGAAGUGGAGGACUCAGAUCCACGCAGAGGAAAACCACUUCAGUUUAAAGAGUUCUUCAAAGCUGGUAAAGGGGUUUACAAUGAUCUCCGUCGCAGACUACCCCUUUACCCAUCAGAUUUCACAGAUGGCAUAACGGGGAAGGACCGCAGUCUGCUGAAGUACACCACCACUGCCAUCUUCCUGUACAUUGCUAUCCUACUUCCUGCCAUCGCCUUUGGUUCACUGAACGAUGAAAGUACAAGAGGAGAAAUAGAUGUUCAGAAAACAAUAGUUGGCCAGAGCAUUGGAGGAGUGAUCUACGCUCUGUUUGCUGGCUCACCGCUCGUCAUUCCUCUGACCACGGCACCGCUGGCCAUUUUCAUAAGUGUUAUCAGGGGGAUCUGUGAUGACUACGGCCUCGACUUUGAUGCUUUUUAUGCCUGCAUCGGUUUAUGGAACAGUUUGUUCCUCAUCCUUGGAGGCUUAUUCAACGUCAGCCUGCUGAUGAAACUCUUCAAACGCUCAACAGAAGAAGUCAUUGCGUUAUUCAUCUCGAUAGCAUUUGUAGGGGAUGCAGUGAAAGGCACUGUCAAAAUUUUUGAGCACUUUUACCAUGGGCCCAUACUGGCGACCACAAACAGCACAGUGGUGCUCCAGGAGAUUACUGACAUUCUACAGAAGGCUCACAACCAGACGACAAUCGCGCCCGAGCAUCAAGAUGGGAACAUGUCGCAGCUUGCACAUGCUGAACAGCAAAUACUAGUCUUCCUGCCCGAAUCGUUGGUGAUUUGCACAAGAGAACGGCCCAUCCUGUGUCUGCUGCUCAUGUUGGGGACUUUGUGGCUGGGUUACGCCCUCUACCUCGUCAAGAGGAGCCCAUAUCUGAAUGAUAAAGUAAGAGAGGUGGUGUCUGACUGCGCUCUGCCCAUCUCUGUGGUCAUCUGUUCCUUCAUUGGCUCCUACCUGUUCAUUGACAUACAGCUGCCUGUUUUUAAUGUCCACGAUGGGCCAAUCUUCAAGUAUCCUCCAUUUGAAAAGCUGACUGGAAUGAAUGCACUGAGUGCAGUCGGGCUGGGUUUUCUCCUUGCGCUGCUCAUCUUCAUCGAUCAGAACAUCGUCAUCUCACUCACACAUGUACCAGAACACAAGUUGUUAAAAGGCACAGCGUUCCACUGGGAUUUAAUGUUGACGGGCUUCAUCAACAUCCUCAUGUCCUGUCUGGGGUUGCCAUGGAUGCACGCUGCCUUCCCACAUUCUUCCCUGCACGCCCGUCAGCUCGCCAAAGUAGAACAGCACGUAGAGAACGGACACCUCUACUCAACGAUUGUCAGUGUGAAGGAGACGAGACUGACCGCACUGGCGGCUAACAUCCUGAUCGGCGUGUCAGCUUUCAUGUUACCCAUCCCUCUGCAGUGGAUCCCUAAGCCCGUCCUCUACGGCCUCUUCCUCUACGUCGCAGCCACUUCACUUGAUGGAAAUCAGAUGGUGGACCGCAUGACCCUGCUACUGAAGGAACAGACCUCUUAUCCCCCCACCCACUACAUUCGCCGCGUGCCGCAGAGGAAGGUGCACUGCUUCACUGCGCUGCAGAUGAUCCAGCUGAUCAUCCUGUGUGCGUUUGGGAUGUAUCCCCUGCCCUACAUGAAGAUGGUUUUCCCCCUUCUGAUGAUCCUGCUGGUCCCGAUCAGGACCAGCUUGCUUCCCAGAGUGAUCGAUGCCAAGUAUCUGGACAUCAUGGAUUCCCAGUACAUGUAGAGCAACAAAGCAACCGUGUGAGACCAAGGAAGACUGAAGGGAACAGACUCUGUUGAAAAACUGAAUGCAAAGCAUCUGAAUCUGAGAUUUUAUUCCAAGGACUUGCUGAUGACUGUAUGACCAUCUGCAGCCUUCCUUUGCUUUGGCUUGCUCACUUUACAUUUACCGUAACAUUGCUGCAUCUUUAUUGUUUAUAAUAUAAGUAGAUAUGAGCUAUUUCAUAAGUGGACAAGUCGGUUUUAAGCUUGAAAAAGGUGGGUGCACAGAUUGAUGUAAACUUCUGUAAUACUUUUGAUCAUUGAUUUAAUUAUGGCAUUACAUUGUUUAAAAGAUAGAUGCUUGUGUUUUAAAGUGAGAAGUUGAUAAUACAAUUGUGCUAACAAGUCCCUCUCACUGCUGAAGAGUAUAUGUGGCUUUAAGAGAAUGUGUUGCUUUAAAAACACGUCAGGUUUCAUGAAAAAUGUUUCAUUUAUGUAGCUAUUAAAAAUAAAACAACUUUUUGGGAGGCGUAAGACACUCAUGCUUGCUGUUUUUUUUUUUUUUGUAUUUUAGGUGGUGAAAUAUAAUAAAUCUGAGACAAAAAACC